AUGGGUUUCUUUUCCGUGAUGCGUAUCACCCUUUUCUCACUCUCCAUCGCGUUCUCGCUCAUUGGAUUAGGACUCAACGCCUACUUCAUCUCGUUGACGGUACCAUAUUUCUAUUUCAUUUUUAGUGCCUUAGGCGUUGCAACCGCGGCGUUGACACUUCUUACUGUUCCAGUCAUGUUGAUCAUUGAUUUCGUGCGACGUGGGGCGUUCACCUCCAUGAUUGUCUUCGAACUCUCGUGGCUCUUCGUCCUUGCGAUUCUGUGGGUCGCCACUGCUGGCGAAGCUAUCUACACCUAUAACUUCUACUACCCUGAAGGUUGCGUUUAUGAUGAUCCUACCAUCAAUGCGUAUUGCAUGGAGUUGCAGACAGUGGAGGCUUUCGCAUUCCUCAACUUCUUCAUAUUCUUGGGCUACACUUGCACACUGCUUGUGUGUUCCAUCAUUGCAACUACUCGUGGCAAUAGUGUCUGGACAUAUUCUGUCAAAGAGUCCACGUUUUUCGCGCAGAAAUCAUGGCCUGCACAACAGCAGGCACCUCCGGCUCAGUUCACAGGUGCUCCGGCUCAGUUCACGGGUGCUCCUGCUACGGGGUACACUGGAACGCCUGUUUCGCAACCUCAGCAACUAGGCACCUAUUCUACUCACAGUGGCACGCCUGCCCACUCACCCCAGACGCAACCUCAGCAGUUCCAGCCAGUGUAUUCUGGCCAUCAACAGGGCAUUCCUGUUUGA